CCAAGUUUCUUUCUCUUAUUAUCUUGAGUGGGAAUUCCUUCCAUUUUUCUCUUCAUUGACUCUGUUCUUCCUCAAUUCAAAAGAUAAAGGUCCAAAAAACAAAGCUUCUGAUACCUUCUAAAUCUUCUUUCAGAGUUUCCAUACCCAAAAAACAGAGCAAACUAUGAAGGCAUCUUCUUACGGUGUUUGAGUAUAUGGAGAAAGAGUCAGUAAUUCUAAUAGUUUCUUAUUUCAUUGUGUUCAUAAUGUUACUAGCAUCUUGUUUAUUUAUCUAUUUUUGUCAUUAUAAAAAUAUUGAGUUUUACAAAGGUAAUACAAAUAAAAACUUCCUUAAUUAAACUAAAGGAGAGUGCUACGUCCCCCUAAAUAUAACCUAGUAUCAAUUGACCUAUUAAAACACUUUUGGUGAAAACUACACUAAUUCAUUCUAAUCUUAGCCUUCAAUCACAAUGUUACCCUAAUCUAUAUAAUGCUACACUUGACGUCUGAAUGUUAAAUAUAAUUUUGUCAAUGUGAAAUUACUAAAAUAUGCUCCCCAUUGUUCCACUUUUCCCACAUCUUCAUCCUCUCCAUCUCUUCCCCUGCCUGCAAAUUCUCAAUGGCCAGACCACCCAUGCUUGGAAAUGAAAAAAAAAAAAAGUGCAAAAUUCUUAGAGGAGGAGUUCUUGACUAUUUUUCUCUUGCAUUUUACUUGAGGAAGAGAGCUAUAAAUAUAUGAGACUAUGACCACAAUUUGCAACUAGAAUUCCAUGAGUAAGGAGUAAGAAAAAGGCAAGAAAAUAAUAUAAAAAUAAUCUUGAAAUCAUGCAUGGCCUUGUAAUCUUUAACAAUUGUUAGUCCACUGUAUCCCAUAAAAUCUAGAAAAUAAGAAUAGAAGUAGCCAUUUCAUAUAAAGAAGGAAAUGAAGUUUGUUUUGAAAGUUGACUUGAGGAAAAUAGACCUGUUGGCUCUUUAAUGCACCAGAAUCACAGCUUAAAAUAUCAUAAUUUGAAUGAGGAUUAUGUUGUUAGACAAUUAUUCUCCAACAGUUCCUGUCCAGUUGGGGAGUAAAUACCCAACAUAUUUUGCUUGUUGAUAAAUCUUUCAAACUUCAGUGGAGCUAAUGCCUUGGGGACGACAUUGAUAGCUUGGGAAUGAGUUGCAAUAUGACUUAACUCCAGCAUACUAGCUUCUAACCUUUCCAUGUAAUGUCCUUGAAUUUCAACGUGUUUAGUUUGAUCAUGGAUUCAUGGCUAUAGGAUUCUUUAGCCAACCUCACAUCUACGUUUCCUCAUAAGUAUUCUUGAUUCCUCAAAUAAUCUCUUUAAUCACCCACAUGCCAUGAUCAACAGCUCAAAAUUCAUAUCACCACGUUUAUGGGCCCUGGUAUGGAGUCUACUACCUUGAGUAGGAUGAACAACAUAGUAAACCCAAAUAUAUUGAAGAACAAAGAAGAGAAGAAACGAGUAACAGGAUAUAGGAAUAGAAAUGUUUUAACGGCUGUCCGGUUGUUCAAGAUUUUGGAUGGAGCCCUAUUGGGGGGUGUUUGAUAAGGAACAAGUAACCUCCCAAAAUUAUGAUUCUUUCUUUCAGUUAUUCUGUUUUGUUGUGAGUUAUUGACACACAUGAUGAAAAUGCAAUGAUUGCCAAAGAAAAUUCUUGAGGUUGAGGUUGGCAUAUUAUUUGUCCUUGUCAAUUGUAAACACUUUGAUUUGAGUUUGAAAUUGAUUAUGAAUUAUGAUACUAAAAUUUUUCAGUGAUUUGGGGCUUCACUUGUUUCAUUAUAAGAUAGAGCUAGGUAUGCCUAAUACAGUCAUUAAUUAGAGUGAUGAAACACUUGGUUCCUAACAUGGUGGGAAUCUGAGGAGUUCAAACAUCAUUAUGAAUUAAGGUUCGUGGCUGGGAAGGUUUGCAUGGGCAAGAGGGCUUGUGACUCUUUAUAAGUUUAGAGACUUCACAAACUUAACAUUGAAAUGAACUAUUAUUCUUCUCAUAUAAAUUAUGGAAAAAUGUCUUUCUGUUUAAAAUUUGGAUGACCCAUCUAUGAGUGCCGGAACAUUCUUUUGCUGUGGAACUAUGUAAAGGCCCCCUGCGCUCCUUAGAAUGCCCAAUCACCCUCCUUAACUCCCUGUUUGGUUGGAGGGGAGGAGCUCCCCUCCCCUUGUCCUAUCUAAACAAGGCAAGGGGAGGGGGCCCCUCUCCCCUUGUUUGGCAAAGGGAUGAGAGGAAAAAUUUUAGGGGAAGUGGUUCCUCCCCUCCCCCUCCCUCUCUCCCCUGUCGCCUCCCCUCUCGUCUAUUAAAAUCCCUCUCCUCCCCUCCCCUCCAACCAAACAUAGCGUAAAGCAAGGAUCUAAGAGUAGCAGCAAUUAGCUUCAAAGUUAGUCAUGCAAUUACGUUCUUUGGUUUUGCUUUAAGAGUUACUGGCUAUCUUAGGCACCUACAAAACAUUGUAUGAAAUUACUCCCUCCGGUCCACAAUGUAGGAUACUUGCAGCAUGCAUCACACAUAUUAAGGAAAUUCAGUUUUUUUUUUUUUAAAUCUCAUCAGAAAUUGACUCGUGUUAAUAUGGAAAGGUAUUUCUUAAAACUAUAAAAUGUCCUACAUUUUAGACCAACAAUAGCUCGUGGAAGUAUGUUACAUACCAGAGGGAGUAAAUCUUUAGAUUGAUAGAUAUUAGGUUAAUUUUGCUCUUGCUUUGAUUUGCCCGCUUAUCUAUCUUAAUAUGUACCACUUCUUAAAAUCAUAGAUCAUUGUAGCUAUGAUUUUCAAGUUUUGAUCAUAUUGUGGAUCCACUAACUUCAUAGUUAGUAUGCUGGAGAGUUGGAUAGACUGACUAUAACCUCAUUUGCAUGUUAGAUGUUGACCUUCCCUGUUAAUGCUCCAAGCAACAUUCUCCAAUGUUUGGUGGAUCUAGUGAAAAACGAAGCUCACUACUUAUGUUGUUUGGAGAAUCAUGUUGAAAAUUUUGAGAGAAAAAAGAAAAUACUUGCUGCAAAACAACAGGAUGUGAAGAUAAAUAUUGAAAAUGCUAGUGGUGUUUCAAGAGUUAAGAAUGAAGCUCAGCAAUGGAUACAUGAAGCUGAUAGUCUUAUUGAAGUUGACACAGAAACAAAGAAGAAAUGGUUUUUUGGCUUGUGUCCUAGUUGCUACCGGCAAUACCAUAGUGGAAAGGAGUUGGCAAAGAAGACUUUGGAGAUUGAUGAGCUAUUGGGAAGAUGUAGUUUCAACAUAGUGGGAGGUCCAGUUGAUCUUCCAAGCUUAAAAUACCAUUCAUUACCAAGCUUUAUUGAUUUUGAGAGCAGAAAGUUAAAUUUCAAGAUUUGUUGGAGGCAUUAGAAGAUGAAAAUUGCAAUUUGAUUGGAUUGCAAGGCAUGGGGGGCACAGGUAAAACCUCAAUGGCAAUAGAAGUAGGUGUUAAACUUGAAGAAUCCAAAUAUCAUAGCGUCAUCCUUCUUGAUGUGUCUAAUCCUCCAGAUUUCAAAAAGAUUCGUGGUGAAAUUGCAAGGCAUUUGAAUUUAACAUUAGAGGAAGGAAAGGAAAAAGAACAUUCAAAGACAAUAUGGUCUAGAAUUACUAAUAAGAAAGAAAAGCUUCUUAUAAUACUAGAUGAUGUAUGGGAAGAGUUUGAUCUUAUAAAAGACAUAGGCAUUCCAUCUAGCCACCAGCACAAGGGUUGUAGUGUAUUGAUAAUUAGUCGUAAUUUGAAUGUUUGUGAAGUAAUGGGUUGUCAAAGGAUGAUUCAACUAGAUAUGCUGGUUGAUAAGGAAGCAUUUAAUCUUUUUCUAAUACAUGCCAAUACUUCCUCAAGUCGUUUGAAGGGCAUAGCACAAAACAUUGUGAAGCAGUGUGGAGGUUUACCAAUUGCAAUUGUAGCAGUAGCAAGAGCUUUAAGAAAUCGGCCUUUAGCAAUUUGGAGGGAAGCUUUGAAAACCUUGCAAAAUUCCAAGUCAAUGAUUGAUGUUAAUCAAAAUUUGACGAAGAUUUAUAAAUGUUUGAAGUUAAGCUAUGAUAAUCUAAAGAAUGAGAAGGCCAAAAAACUCUUUUUGAUAUGUUCUAUUUUCCCAAAAGAUUUUGAAAUUUCUAUAGAACUUUUGAGUAAAAUUGGUAUUGGAGUAGGGCUUUUUGGGGAAGUGGAGAAAUACUGUACAACAAGAGGCAAAGUGCUUGCGGCUAUACAAGAACUUGUGGAUUCUUGUUUAUUAUUAAAUCUUCAAGAUGGGUUGGUAAAGAUGCAUGAUUUAGUUCGUGAAGUGGCCUUAUGGAUAGCUGACAAAGACAUUCAAGUGAUCAUGGAUUUUAAGACAACUAUAGAAGCCAAUCUGUGAUAUUUGUUUUGGAACUCUGAAGACUUUCCCAAUCAAUUUGAUGGCACGAAUUUGGAGAUUUUUAUAAUAAAUGUAAAUGGUUCAGAGGAUUUGAAGGUCCCAUAUUCAUUCUUCAUAGAGAUGACAAAGCUCAGAGUAUUGCAUUUAAAAUGCACUUAUGUUCACUCACAAAUUUUAGAUUCAUCAUUGUUAUACUCACUUCAAUCAUUAAUGAAUAUCCAAACUCUUUCUUUGAUGAAUUUGAAAUUAGGUGACAUUUCUAUUUUGGGAAACUUACCUAGUCUUGUGACUCUUGAGUUGAAUCAUUGUUCAAUCAUUGAAUUAUCAGAAGAAAUUUUGGGAUUAAAGAGGUUGAGAUUGUUGGAGAUAAGAGCAUGUAAAGUUAAAAUGAAUAAUCCUUUUGAAGUAAUUGAAAGGUGCUCGCAACUAGAAGAGUUGUAUUUUGUUGAUAAUGGGAAUUUCAUAAAUGAAAAUAUAGAUUUUCAAAAUUUAUCUCCUCUUACAUUGCAAAGAUAUCAGAUAUCUUCUAUUGAACUUCUAGAAGAAUUUGAAAAGUAUGGUUUAAUAUCAAGAUACUUCUUUCCACAUGAUUUAAGACCUGUAAUCUCAGAGGAAACUUUUAAGCAACUUGUAGGAGCUGCUGAGCUUCUUAUAUUAGGAGGGUAUGAUGAAACAAGAUGGAAAAAUCUUGUCCCUGAUAUUGUUCAUAUGGAAUGUGGAGGCAUGAACGAUUUAAUUAUCCUUCAUAUGUAUUCUUGGCCUGACAUACAAUGCUUAAUUGAUACUAGAAAUCAUUAUUUUGAUGUGAUUGCCUUCUCCAAGUUGAUUGAGCUACAUCUCUUUGAAAUGGAUAUUGAAGAUUUAUAUCGUGGUUCUCUUCCAUCUGGCUUUCUUGAGCAACUAGAGACUAUGGAGUUAAAAAGCUGUCUAAAGUUGCAGAACAUGUUAUUUAAUGGCAAGUUAAACCUUUGUCACCUUAAGGCCAUGGAAUUGAAAGGUUGUGUAGCAUUGACAUCGAUUUUCCAACUAUCCACUGCUCGAAGCUUAGUGCUAUUGGAAGAAUUAACAAUUAAUGAUUGUCAUGCACUAGAACACAUAGUUUUCAAUGACAGCUCAAAAGAUGAAAUAGUGGGUGAUGACAAUGGUUAUGAUCAAAAGAGUCAUGACUCAUUGUUCCCAAAAUUGAAAACUCUUAGAAUUGCAAGAUGUGACAAUUUAGAAAUGAUAUUACCUGUUCUUUUUGCUAGAGGUCUUCCUCCUUUGGAAGUUAUAAGCAUAUGUGAAUGUGAGAAAUUGAAAUACAUGUUUAGUCAGUAUAGAGAGGAGGACCAUGUUUUGCAUCAAAAUGAACAGGUGGUAAUGCUCCCUUUAAUGAAAGAAAUGAAGCUCUCUAGAGUUCCAAGUUUUAUUGACAUUUAUCGAGAACAUUGCAAACUCAUGUCUUCAUCAAUGCAAGGGUCAUCAUCUUCAGUUCCAACAGAUAUUGCCAAUGAGACACUUCCGAAUCCUAAUGCACAUGCUUGCUCUUGGGCUCCUAUAUGCUGUUUUCCACAUGAAUCUAAGGCCACAAGCGAAGAGACUAAGGCCAGUGCUACUAUUUCUAAGGAGGAGAAAUUGGCUGACCUGACAACCCCCCUGGUAAUUGAGAAUCGCAUACAAACUAUGACAGAUCUUACAGUACAUUACUCCAAUGUAGAAGACAUUUUUAAUUUGGCACAAUCGAAGUUUGAGAGAAAUAGGGAAGGACUUGAACCAGUGACAUCAAGCUUAGAAUACUUGACUUUGGGAAACCUUAGUGAGUUAAGGAAUAUAUGUGAGGGCCCAAAAUAUAUUUUAAGCCUCAACAAUCUUAAGAAACUAAAUAUUACAUCAUGCAAAAAGCUUAAAACUGUCUUCUCUAUCUCCAUAUUGAGAAGUCUGCCUGAGUUGUGGAAGCUAGAGAUAUCUGACUGUGAAGAACUAGUUCACAUUGUUGGAGAGGAUAUUGAGGAAAAUGCUAGUGAUCGUUUGUCUCAUGAGCCAUGCUUUCCGAAAUUACAUGAACUGCAUGUUAAGUCUUGUAACAUGUUGAAAUACCUGUUCUCUAUCUCAAUGUCUGGUAUACUUCCCAACCUUAUGUUUUUGAGCAUAAAAGAAGCCUCCAAGCUUAAACAUGUAAUUAUUUCACAUGUUGAGAUGAAAGAGAUGGUGAUGACAGAUGUGCUUCCAGAGCUAUAUUAUCUGAUUUUUGAGGAACUUCCUAGUCUUGUUGAUGUUUGCCAUGGGAUUGAUUUUCAAGCUGUACGCAUAUCUUCUGAAGUAUAUAAUUGUCCUAAUUUUUCUUUUUAUGAAAAUAGUACUACACAUCUUCAAGUUGGCCUUGGAAAUCUAGAUUCUAAAGUUCAGGUGGCAAAAGACGAGAAUCUUUCUUCGCAUCUCAAUACCCAUCAAUUUGGUAUGAGAAAAGCUGAAGGGAGCCAAGACUUGGAAACACAACAAUCUUCAAUUGGCUCACCAAACUUAACAAGGGUUGUUGAAGUGACACCUAAAGAAGGGCCAUCAUCAAAUACCUCACAUCCUUGCCCCUUGGAUUCUACAAAGCCAAUGGCAUUGGUUCCUAUGAGUCCCAUUCUCAUUGCCCUUCCUACUGAAGGCAGUUCUUUUACAAUCAUAGAAAUUUUUGAAGAGGAAGAGGAAGAGGAAGGUGGUUUGAUAACUAUCUGCCGUUGCCGACGGGGCAUAAAGGAGGUGAGUUCUUUGAUACCAGAGGAUCCACAAAUCACUUGUAGAGGGGCUCCUUUACCUCUAAUCAAUGCUCCUUUGCUUGAGACUUCUAUUCAGGCUUUGCUUCAUUCAGAGGGAAGUGAUCAAGAUGAUGUUGGAACUACUAACCAGUUGAUUCGAGAAGCUGUUGAUACUAUUCAAGUUUCUAAGAACUCUAAUGCACUUGCUAUUGUCCCGAGCAAGGAUGGUAAUGUUGAAACCAUUGGGCCCCUCACCACUUUUUUUGAGCAUGCCAGUGAUGGGAUUACUGAGGAAGUGAGUCUAGUUCAAAAUGAAUGUGAGGUAAUUCUUCAUGCUUUGAUGACGAUGAGAUCACUAGAGAGAGUGAUGCUUCUAGUUUUGAUGAACUAUUGAGGGAUAAUACUAGUGGGCACGGUGGCCAAGUAAAUAGAAGUGGGGAUUUUGGUUGCUAGUCUAAGUGCCUUGGAAGGAAGAGAACGAGAGUCUUCAUAUUCUAAAGGUCAUACACCUAAUCUCACUACUAUUGAUCAUGCUACUUUGCAAAUUUUUUGUUAUAUUUGUUUUCAUAAUUUGAUGAUUUUGUUAGGUCGACCUAUUAAAUAUGCAUGAAAAAGUUAGAUGUUCAGGUUUUACCACCACAGUUGCCUUCACCUUCACCUCUUUCUUCUUCUCUAGAGACGACGCCUCCUUUCUCCAUGACU